UUCCAGCAAACCCUUAAUUGAUCCAACCAUUCAAUCUUCAUCUUCAUCGUUUAUGAAAGCUUCUCUGUCCACAGAGGUGGAGAGUAAAGGUCAUUUCACUGCCACCCGCCAUUGACUAAAGGAGGACAAAGCGCCCUAAAAGCUUAUUUUAGGGUUUCGAAGCUGGGUUUGUUGGGGUUUUCCUUGAUUCUUUUUUGAUUGGGGAUUUUGGGUGAUCGAUUUCUAAACGAGAGAUUGUUGUUCUUCCGCCAUAGCCACGAAGAACAAGAGCUUUACGCUCUGGUUUUUCCCCUGUUUUCAUCGGUUUCUUGUAGAAGACGAAACGGAAUUUCUCGGAUGAUGUAUUAUCAGCUCGAGAAAUUCUCUCAUCACGAUUCUUUACAAGUUUUGGAAGCCGAUAUUCAAUAUGCAAAUUCUCUGGCGGCGGCGAUCCCCAUGGCUAAAGAAGGCGCCUAUCUUCAAAUGAAAUUGGUUUAUAAUCAUUUAGCUCCCAUUGUUUUGUUCUUGCUUCAAUGGAUGGAUUGUUCUUGCUCAUGCUUGUUUCCCAGAUAUUUAAGCCUCUUCCACAUACUUGUGUACAAGGUAUAUCCAGAGGGAAAACAAAAACGAAGUAUAUCUAGACAUGGAAGGAAGGCAACCAUUAGGGAAUUCUAUGCUAUAAUAUUGCCAUCGCUUCAGCGAAUCCACGGUAGCUUGGAUAAGCUGGAUGAUUGUAAGGAAGAGUGCCAUUGGAUUGAGAUGCCUAGCAAGAAGAGAGGCGAUAAAGAUGUUAGACUCACGAACGUCGAUACGAAGCGAGAAGACGAAUGUGGUAUUUGCUUGGAGCCGUGCACGAAGAUGGUUUUACCGAAUUGUUGUCAUGCAAUGUGCAUCAAAUGCUAUCGAAAUUGGAACACGAGGUCGGAGUCCUGCCCGUUUUGUCGUGGCAGCUUGAAGAGAGUCAACUCGGAGGACUUAUGGGUGCUCACUUGUAGUGAUGAUGUGGUUGACGCCGAAACCGUUUCGAAGGAGGACACGUUGCGCUUCCAUCGCUAUAUAAACAGCUUGCCAAAAGACUAUCCGGACGCGCUGUUCGUAGUAUAUUCUGAAUAUCUAUUCUAGGUUCGAGUAAAGUGUAUAGAGGGAAAUCCCGACUCGACAUGUAAAGGUCUGUCCUCUCUGCUUUAUAUAGAAUAAUAAUUGAUCAAAUGGCAUGCUUAGUUAGAACUAAUAACGCAUUUGGGCUCAUGUCAUUACUAGUGUAUCUUAUGAACUUGAAAGUGCCAUUUCAUUUCUAAUGCACUAAUUGUCAAUAAAGAUGAAUUUGGUCUC